AUUCGAUUAAAACAUUCGCCAUUGCGGCUAUGCAACUAUUUCUGCCUUAUAUAAACGCUGUGUGCCCUUCUCAAAAUGACAACUUCAACACCAAUCACUAUUUUCACUGUACAUUGUGGGAACAAGCAAUUCCUGGAUAUGGAGCCAAAUGCAAAGUUCCAAGUGGAUGGCGAGUCUUGCGCCAUCGUUGACAGUUGGAGCAACCCUUCCACAUCCGCCACGACUAUCGGAACUGAGGAGCGAACUCCUGUUCCGCCGAGUAUGCCAUUUCUACAGAUCACAACGGCGCACAAAUGCAAAUCAAAAUCUAGUUGGAUGUUCGUCUUCGGUCGUGAUGAGAACACUUGCGAUAUUCGCCUCCUCGGAGACCGAUAUGACGGUAUCAGCAAGCGACAGUUUGGAAUUGAGAUCGAUCUCAAGUACAGUACCCUCAUUAUGAAAAACCUGAGCAGAAAUACUACUCGGGUGGUUUCACAAAGUAUAGGUACGUUGGAAUUACGAACUCAAACAGCGAUUCCUGAAAAUGAAGACAUAAUGGUAGAGGUUGGCCAGAACAUCAUCACGAUCCGACCUCCGGCUCAAACCCCAGAAUAUCGUCACCAACUGAGAGACUAUUGCGCUCAACUUGCGCUACAAGUUCCAUCUAUCCAAGACUUGAACGUUGAAUCAAAAGCGAACACAAGCGCGAGCACUCUGGGUUAUAGUUUCGGGGAAGAGCUGGGGUCCGGGACCAGUGCUACCCUCUUCCGCGCAGAACCAUGGGGAGAGAUUCCUGAGCACGGUUCCGCAGUCCGGACUGGAAGCUACUGCGAGAAGAGCCUCGCCGCUCCUCAAUUAUGGCACAACCCGACGGGUGAUUUCGUAGCCAGCGACCUUGGCGUGCCUGAAUAUCCCACUGCACUCCACAGCUUGGCCGACACAGAACCAUGGGGAGAGAUCCCUGAGCCCUAUUCCGCAGUCACCGCAUUGCGACACAACUCGAUUGGUGAUGUGGAGGUCGCAGACCUCGGCAUCGAGUUUGGGGAGGGGCCUGUUGACCCGGAGUUGAGGCGCUACAAUUCUCCGGCCGAUUUAUUCAACCCUCUCACCUCGGGAUCUGCUGCCCGAGAAGCUAUCGACUGGAGAUGGCGCCAUUCAGGCCAGCAUACCCAAUUUAACACUGUCCAAGUUGCUGAAGCGGAACGAAUAUUUCCCGCUACCAAGGAAAAUGCAUAUAUUAGCCGAAACUUCCAAUUGGACGACCACCCCCAGCAACAGGGGCCAGAAAACCAAAGCGCAUCUGCGACGGCCCAGGAAGAUGAAGACGCCGGCACCGGAAGUCGAGACAACAUUACUUCACAAGCUGAUGCAGUACAAGCCGGACAAGUCAACGGCCAGAAGGCUUCAGACUAUGCAAUCUUGCACUUGAAUAAUAAGUCGAUCGUGUGCAUACCGUCGAAGCAGACUGUUAAUGCAUCUCAAAUCGUCAGGUCUCACGGCAUCUCGAGACAUGUCACGACUAAAUAUCUGUCUUCGCACCCUGAAGUCAAACGAACGUAUGUAACGGGUCACCAUACUGUUCAAGGGACAUAUAUUCGGAUUGCCGAUGUGUCUGAAUUUUGCGAUCACCUGGAAAUCUCUGAUUUGACGGAUGAUAUCAAGUCAGUCUUGGAGGCCCGGAAAUAUGUUUGCGAUUUCCCAGGCUGUAAGCUAAGCUAUAAAACCCGGGGAACUCUGACACGCCAUCAAAAGAGACAUAAAAACCCUGAAAUCUUCACCUGUUUAAUAUGUCAAAAACAAGAAACCCGCAAGGACAAUUUUGCCAGCCACGUCUACAGACACACCAAGAACAAUGGCGGUUAUGCAAGGAUCAAAUAUCACCCAAAGGCAGAGAAUUACUUGCAGUCCAUCAAGAACGGCGAACCUAUCGAGACGUUAGAGUGAUGACUUAUCGUGAAUAGGACGGUGACUUCACCCACGUGGGUUAGUCGUGAGUUGGAGGGCUAAAAAAUAUCCGGGUCAUGCAUUUAAGUUUUCGGGGAUAGAAAAGUGUAAAUAUUACGUCGUUUUGACCUUGUUGAUUUGAGCUUGGCCUACCAACUGUCGUCCCCCAAGUAGCUCUAAUUGGCUCAAAAUAAGGCAACGUUCCAAUACUAGCUGAAAAUCUUUAUUCGCCGACGCA